CAACUCAUUUAGAAGCGCACAGCAUCAGGUACUAACACUUACGCAUUUUCCCCAACAAUAGCGAUAAGUUCGUGUUACUUGUGUAGAUUGAUUUCAAUGUUCAGUAACGAAGAUUAAUUUCUCAAUUUCUACGCGAUAGUCGAGUGUAUUCCCUAAUUCAAUAGAUAAUGGAAGCAGUUCGGAACAAAAAUAGAAAAACAACAUCAAGAUCAAAAAUCUCUAAACAACCUAAUAAUGUACCUCGUUUUCCUAAUUAUAUAACCAAAGAAGAACGUCUCAAGUCUUUCGAAAAAUGGCCCACUCCAGAACUCAAAACACCUCUAGAACUAGCUCGAACUGGUUUCUUUUAUUCUGGGCACGAAGAUUUAGUACAAUGUUUUUCAUGCGGCGGUGGCCUUUCAAAUUGGAAAAUAGGCCUAGAUGCUGCUUUUGAACACGCUAAAUAUUACCCUACAUGCGGUUACAUAGUUGAAACAAAAGGCGAAGACUUCGUGGAGGAGGUGAAAAAAAAGGUGAAAAAUCAAUACAAGACGGAACGAUCGCGUUUAUCAUCGUUCGAUGAUUUUUGGCCUGAAUCAGCGACUAAAACACCUAAGCAACUUGCAAAGGCCGGAUUUUUCAACACUGGGGAUAGCAACGAUGAAGUUCAAUGCUUCGAAUGUGGUAUCACGAUAACGAAUUGGAAAGCUGACGAUGACGUCUGGUUUAAACAUACUAAACUGAACCCAAAAUGUGAAUUUGUUUUUGAAAUGAAAGGGCCGGAGUUUACAGACAAAGCGUAUCAGGUUGAGUCGAUGACGGAGGAAGCAUCUCGUCUGCAGAAAAUUGUGAAAGAACGAAAUCGAGAUCUUGAACAUCCCUGCCACGACAACUAUAAACGUGUUGAACAACGAAUGCAAUCUUUCAAAAAUUGGCCAAUUCCACGAAUGAAAAGACCAGAGGAUCUUGCUGCAGCUGGAUUUUUUUAUUCAGGUGAAGAUGAUCUCGUAUUUUGUUUCCACUGUAAUGGAGAACUUUACAAUUUGAAAACAACCGAAGUAAUGAGCGAAGAACAUGCAAAAUGGUAUCCUUCAUGCGCAUUUAUUCGUCAAGUCAAAGGUGAAGCGUUCGUCGCAGCGGAGAAAAAAAAGCUGACCAAUAUUUAUAGGACAGAAGAAGCUCGUAAAAAUUCGUAUGAAGCUUGGCCAAACUCAGCAAACAAAGAUCCAGAAGAAUUGUACGAAGCUGGAUUUUUUUAUUUCCAAAGUGACGAUUUAGUUCACUGUUUCGAAUGCGGUUUUUGGUACCUUGACUGGCAAGUUUACGACGAUCCAUGGUUCAUCCACGCAAAACUCAAUCCUUCUUGCAAAUUCUUACGCCAAAUGAGAAGUGAAUCAUUUCUGAAUCAAGCAGAACAAUUAUUAGCCUCUAGAAAAAAGGCUAGUAAAAUCACUCUCAGUGUGGACGAAUCCGUAUUCAGAACUAAUGAAGAUAUUAUUCAAGAACUGAUGAAAUCGUCCAUCGUCCAAACCGUUUUGAAAGUAGGAUUUAAUGCAACCGAGAUACGAUUAGCGCUACAAAAAAGGCCGGAAUCGUCCAGAACAGUUGAAAAUUUGUUUGCCUUGAUUAUGCUUUCUCAAAAAGAAGAUCCAGAAGUAUUCGCCUGUCUUGAAAACUUGAAAAAAGAAAACGAUCGAUGUUCAAAGGCAAAAACAUGUAAAUUUUGCUCUAAACAAGGUCCAAUAUCGAUACUUGUGCCUUGCGCGCAUCUGCUCAGUUGCUGUCCCUGUGUCGCUAAAAAUUUGAGACGUUGCUUCGCUUGCAACGAGGAAAUCGAACAUAAGUUGGAAAUGUUUCCAAAGUAAGAAAAUUUUGUUUAAAUUUAAGACCAAUUAUUGUUGAUGAAUUGUACGUAAGUACAUAUUUGAGUCUUUUUAUAUUAAAUGGACGUUACUCGA